AUGGUGGAGGUACAGCAGCUCUGGGUGCAGAAGGUGGUGGACUCCAUGAUGAAAAGUGUGGAGAGGGAGAACACCUGGAAGAUGCAGGGCCUCAUGUUCCAGUGCAGUGCCAGUUGCUGUGAGGACAGCCAGGAUUCCAUGCAGCAGGUACACCAGUGCAUUGAGUGUUGCCAUGCACCUCUGGCUCAAGCCCAGACCUUGGUGACCAGUGAGUUGGAGAAGUUCCAGGACCAUCUGGCUUGGUGUACCAUGCAUUGCAAUGACACAGUCAAAGAUUCAAUAGAUGCUGGAAGUAAAGAGCUUCAGAUGAAGCAGCAGCUGGCCAGUUGUGUAACCAAGUGUGUGGAUGACCACAGCACCUCAUCCCAACUAUGA